UUGCAUAUUCCUCUCAGCUCACCGAGAGUUGCUAUGCGGAUCGCUGGAGCUGGAGCCAAGAUAUAGAUAACAAUCUAAAUUUCUUCCUAACAUAACAUUUACGGCAUAUCAGUCAUUCAGUAGAUUCACUAAUCAAAUCAGGAUCAAACAAUAACACAGUAAGCUGGGCUACAGCCUACAGACGUAUUUAGUUUAGACAAGUGUUGAUGACUGUCGUUGAAGUUGUGGCAAGCAGAGCUGAGUCGCUAGUCGCCGUGUCGAGUCCUCAUCAUACCGUCAGCUUGGCGGGGAAGAAGGGAGAGAGACACCUACUGAUUUCAGUGUGAGAGAUACAGACUCAGAAGUCAGAUCAGCUCAGCUCAGCUCAGGAGCAUCCACUUGACAGUAGGCGACUGUCAUUCUACACUGCACGGCACGGAAUCUUGAAGGAGGCGUUUGACUUCUCAACUUGUUUAUCGCCAAACAGCAGGCCAUCAAUGAAGAAGCGUUGAAAAUUGUCAUCAGCGACUUCAACUAACCAUGGCUGACAUGUAUGAGCAACCAAGUCAGCUUUCCCACGAGGAUCCCGCCAUGUAUGCGGAGCUAGGGAAUUUUGCUAUUGAGAAGAGAAUCGGAAAGGGGCAAUUCAGUGAGGUGUACCGGGCAAGAUGUCUCAUCAACGACAGGGUCACGGCACUCAAGAAAGUCCAGAUAUUUGAGAUGAUGGAUGCAAAAGCGAGGAAUGACUGUAUAAAGGAAAUUGAUUUAUUGAAGUCUUUGGACCACGAUCAUGUGAUUAAGUAUUUGGCAUCGUUUAUUGAAAACAAUGAGCUGAACAUUGUACUAGAGUUGGCUGAUGCAGGAGACUUAUCGAGAAUGAUUAAGCAUUUCAAGAAGCAGAAACGGUUGAUACCGGAGAGAACCAUAUGGAAGUACUUUGUCCAGCUUUGCAGCGCACUAGAACACAUGCAUCAGAAGAGAGUCAUGCACAGAGACAUCAAGCCUGCUAAUGUAUUCAUCACUGCCGAUGGCAAGGUCAAGCUGGGUGACCUGGGUCUGGGGCGUUUCUUCAGCUCCAAGACCACCGCUGCACAUUCCCUGGUUGGCACUCCGUACUACAUGUCACCCGAACGCAUCCACGAGACGGGGUAUAACUUCAAGUCGGACAUCUGGUCUCUCGGCUGCUUGUUAUAUGAGAUGGCAGCCCUACAGUCCCCCUUCUACGGGGAUAAGAUGAACCUUUACGCCCUUUGCAAGAAGAUUGAUAAAUGCGAUUACCCGCCCCUUCCCGCCGAUCAUUACACUGAGGAGCUGCGUAACCUGGUUGCAAUGUGCAUUCAUCCAGACCCCAACCUGAGACCUGACGUCUCCUAUGUCCUGGAGGUGGCCAAGAGAAUGCAUAUGCAGAGUGUCCAGUCAAGUUAGUCCUUCUAGCAGUCCCACCCCUUCCUUUCCAUGUCCCCGUGUAUGUACUAACAACGAUACCCCCAAGGCAAGGCCACGGCCGUCUUGCGCAGUGUUGAGUAUUGAAGGCGGAGUGCAUCGAUCGUAUACAGGGUUCAUUUUUCAGUCACGCCACCACCACCAUACCGACUCUAAACUGACCGAUACAUAGUCCUCGGGGCAUUGUAACGGUCAGUUCGGUCUGUGACUUGAGGUACUACAGAACACAUGGUUGCACCACCUAUCGCAGAUCUUACAUUGCAUGGGAGCAGCAAGUCAAGUGCAUUACACAUCAGAUCCUGGGGGGUGUUUCACAAAACUUGUCAUCAGUGACAAAUGACAGUAUCUGUUAUAAGCUACUGAAAUCCUUGCUUCUGAUUGGUUAUCAGCAGAUUUGUCACUGUUUUUGUCAUUUUGUCAUUGAAAAUAGGCUUUGUGAAAUGGGCCUCUGCUCUAGAGUAUCCUCACUCGUUGAUUACUUGUAGGGUUGGUCCCGUGUGAAUGAUAACCAUAACUAAUACUAUCAAUCGAUUUUGCUGAAGCUUGUGUGGAUAAGGUAGUUGAGAUUCCACUAAUCAGAGAUGUUGCAGGUUCAUUAGCAUGACAUAGCAUAAAUCCAUGAGCUGGAACAUGUAACUCUGAUAUUCAAUCGAUUUUCCACAGGAGGUGUGAUGGCUCAGUGUUAGAGCAGUGGUCUCAUAAGCGGGAGAUCCCGGGUUCGAAACCAAGUCAAUGCGCUCGUGCCCUUUGGUAAGGCAUUGAUCUUCAUUACCAAGUCCUUUGAAGAGGACUUACAGCCGUUGAUCCCCUUGUUGCUUACAUGUACUUACAAGCAUACACAUGCUUUCUUAGCAGUCGGGUAAAACAAACAACCAAACAAAUUUGUCCACAUGAAUUUCAGAAGACAAUUUGAUUGUUCUAGUUAUCGUUACCAUCAAAUAGGACUAGCCCUUUAAUUCUGGAACCACUGGUAUUCAUAGGCAAGAGGUGAAGAGGUUUUAUGUUAAACCCAUUGCCUACCGGAACCGGGUGGCCUCUGUAUUAAGCCAAUGGCAAUGAAUGAAUCCAGUAGUCAACUGGUUAACAAGUCAAUGUAAACCAAGAAAUUUUCUUCAAAACGUCAGAGGCGACAUUUACCCUUAGAAUCAAUCUGUUCUACAAGGUUCUUUGUCCAAUAGUGCACUUAAUAGUCUAGAGUGAUGUGUUCAUUAACAUGCUAUGCCUAUUCAGAGUCUUGUAAUGUAAAGUGGCAAUUUCUCAAAUACAAUGUAGUAUACCGGUAAUAUAAUGCGUAUACUUCUGUGGUGAAUUACAUUGACAGUUUUGUGAUCGAUAUAUUGGACAAGUGAUUCAUCUUUGAUUAUAGCCUUUGGGUCAUUGCGAGUCAAGUUUUGUACAUACAUGCACCGGGUUCUAUCGAAGGUGCAGAAGGAUGAAUCUUUUAUUGCACCAUUCUCUAUAUGUGGGGACUACAUGGUUUUCGUACUGUAUUGUAGUGUAUGAGGUCACCGUGGGGAUGUACAUUGUAGGCCUACUGUACACGUUUCCAAACAUGAACAUGAACAUGAAGCUAUAAAAAUCAUGAGACUCGAUGCACUUUGUAGGGAUUAUCCCGUUUAUUUUAUGAUGAAACUUUGUGUGUGAGCAGCUUUAGACUUUAAUUUUUGCUUUGGAAUUCAAGCCCCAAAAAUUUACAUUUCAAGUUUUUAUAUUUUCCAGAUUUUGCAAUUGAAAUGAUGUCACCCAUUGUAUAUUAAGUAAGAUAGCAGGGGAAGAAAUAGCGAGUUAUUCCUGUGAGUUUCCUGAUCGAAAAGAAGAGAGAAAGAAAUAUUGAUGUUUCCGUCCAGGCUUUGAGUGGUAUUAGGAAUAGAGGUGUUCAGGUUCAUUACAGGAAAAGAGGUUUCAUAUUUUUGUUUCAGUGAGGAUUGCAACAGUGAUGCUCUUUAGCUCCUUAGCUUGAUUGUAAACAUUCUUAUCAUAUAAUUAUCAAAUGAUAGCAGUAUUUUUGUUUACAGUUGUCAAACAAAUGUAUUUACAAGCAUGCACAAUUUCAACAGUCUCUGAUUUAAUCAUUUUCAAUGGAAAAUAUCAUUACAAUUGAAACAAAUUUAAGAGAAUAAAAACAGACUUAAUUUGUUACCUUUCAUACCCUGUUCAUAUCAAAGACCCUGGUUAUUAACUAAUCUAUUAUCAAUUUUGAUAUUUACAAUGUAUGAAGUACAGUGUAAUGUUAAUCAAAUAUUGUUAGACUCUGUUUUUCUAAUGUUUAGCAGUAGCUCCACAACCUGUGUACCAAUCAGGGAAUUGGAUUAAUUCGGUAGUCAAUAUGUUACGAAGUGUGGCAUGAGAUCCAAUGAGGCAUGGAUAGACAGGCAUGCUUAGAUGCGGUCAUCAUGUAGAAUUGUGUAUAUCAGAAAAUGUUGAGUAUUGUGUUGUGAAAACACAAACUUUGUCAGUUGAAGAUAGAGUUGCUGCAGGAAUUGAUGUUAUAGGAUAUAAACAUGAAAGAAUAUAUUUAUUAAUUAUUCAUAUUAAACAUGAAGGUGUUCAGAGAAAUUAACAAACACAUCAUGUAGAGAGUAAGUGAUAUCAAUAUAUCGUUUAAAUAAUACAAAUUAUUUUUUCCUGUGAUAUAAAAUUAUAAAUGUUUAAUUUGUCAUUUGUAGUCAUAACUUGUGUGAAUUACAUUUUUUCAUCAUUUUCUUGAACUUUAUGAAUAUAUUCUGAAUAUAUUUCUUCACUUCCUUUUCCACCUGUAUAAUAAGCUAUGUGUGCAUUUCCAUGAUUCUUCUCAGAAUGUUGUAAAAUAUAAUUAAUUUAUCUGGAAAGGAUUAUGCGUAGAACUCAGGACCAAGGUUUGAAACUGUUUUGAAGGAGUGGCUUGAAGCUGUGUGCUGUGGAUGAAAAUAUUAUUACAUGCGGCUUGUUUGAAAUGAAGUGAAGUAAAGCAAGGAUGAGACUAAUAUCUGUGUAGAGCAAGAAGGGCAUUGAGUAGCUCAUGAUUAUAAUUAUACUGGCUCAGUGGUCUCGUAACGGGGAAGUCCCAGGGUUCGAAACCAAGUCGAUGCGCUAGUGCCAUUGGUAAGACAUUGAUCCUCAUUACCAAGUCCGUCGGAGAGGACUUAAAGCUGUCGGUCCCCUGGUUGCUUGUUUCCAAGUAUACACAUGCUUUCUUAGCAGUUGGGUAAAACAAAGACAACAGCCUUUGGACUCUUAACAGACAAUAUAUUAGAAAAUGUAUAGGGCAUAUGAAUGAUACAAUAUCAGGACAACUUUCUUCAAUGGAUCAUAGAUUAUCAAACACAUGCAAAUUGUUUAUCUGUGCCUUGUAUGUAAAGUCGACGCCUUGGCCGUCUAGUCAUUUAGGAUAUUAAUGUGAAAUUGUGUUCCUUACGGUUAAACAUUAAAUAUCAAUAUUGUGAUUUUUCCUCUUUUGCUGUCUUGCUAUGGCAAUGCAUUCCAUGGUAUAUACAUUAGUGGAUUUAAUGUCAUUUGUUUGAAAGUGCUUUGAAAAGCUGAAGUGGCCUUCAAAGAGACUUUAUAUAGUGUGUUUUUCAGUGUCAAAAUGAAUUAUACUAUAAACAGCCUGUGUGUAUUUUCACUAUUAAAAAGCCUUUUUUUUAUAUGUCCAUUAAGAUAAAGAAUUAUUGAAUGUGUCCAGUUGGAGUAUAUAUUGUGGAUCAUCCUAGUAGAUGCAUUGUGUCUGAAUGAUACUAAUAUUUUUGAUGUUAUAUUGCAAGGAUAUUAUUCUUCUUUAAUAAUAUUGAUCAAGCCAAGUAACACCACUCGUUUGAACAUAGAUUUAUUGUGAACUUGUUACUUGUAAUACAGUUGUAACAGCCCGUCUACAUUAUUUUAAUCAGUGAGGACAUUCAGCUGGUUAUAAAGUCCUAUUGUUACACAUAGACUUAGAGAGCAGCUUUCUAUUGUCUUUGAUAUUCAGUUUCUUACAUCAAUAUGUUUUCUGAUGAAGCUUAACCAUGGAUAGUCCAUGCUGUCCAAGAAUGUAGAUACUGUAAAAUUCACAUUAAUUUUAUUUCAUAUUGAAAGUAUGAAACAGAAGCAAAAGCAUGUUCUGAAAGUUGUUCCCAUGGUAAAAAAAAAUGAGGGAAAAAAUGUAAGGUCAAAUUGUACACUGGAAAUCAGAAUUCAUAGCCCUAAAUUCUACUGUUGAAAGUUCAUUUUGAUUUUGGCAAAGGUUAUUUAUGAUUUUGUAAUUCUAGCGAUAAAAAAGGGGCUUGAUUAGAUUGCAAUUCUCUGAGAGCUUUGUGCAUUCAACCCCUCCCUCCCCCCCCCCCCUCCCACUGCUAGAAGGACAAAGCUUAUGAAAUGAGUAUACCAUCUGCUGAGAGCCAGAAGGGCAUUAAUCCAUAUCCCUCUAUACAAAUUUAAUUCCCUUUUGAUUCAAUCACCGUAUGUGUCAUAUUUCUGGUAUAAAAUUAGAGUUUUCAAGUUGAUUGCGAGGUAUACAUGAUUGUUGUGGUUUAACAGUAUUUUCUAUUUGUCAGAUACUACUAUAACUUUCAAGAUUAUAUGAAAUAUAUUGUGAAUAACAAAGAAAGAGAAAGGAAAAGAUAUUUUUGUAAAUAGAUGCAAGAUUCGAAGGAAUAUAUGGAAGUAUCUGGUGGGAGAAUUUGGAUAGAAGAUGUUUUUUGAUAGAGAAUGAUAUCGGUGUAAAAAAAUUAAACUAUUUACCUGUAGAUUGUACUAAAUAUGAGCCUGUGAUUGUCAAGUAUUACUUUUUAUUGUCUUGUAUGACCCAUGAACUCUUGAUGAAUUUUCACCAUUAAACUUUAAUGAUUCAAUCCGUAUGAGUGUAUUGCAAUCAGUGACGUUUCCAUUCAUCAUGGUCACACACAACAUCAUGUGAUUUACCUAAUCAAGGUAUAAGUAGUCAUUUUGUUUAAUGUCUUUUAAUGCAGUCGUUUGAUAUUAUUCAUGCAUUACAGAGAUGGUAUAAUAUACUAACAGUUUGUGUACAUUGCAUAGCCUAUCAAGACAUACACAAAUUAUUUUCUCAUAUAUUAGUUACCAACUUACCACAAGGGCAUUUACAAUUAGUUCAAACUGUCGAUUACCUGUGCCUACUUACAUUUAUUCUGUUGUGUUGCUUUAAACAUUCCGUCAUUCAAAUUACCGUAAUUUGUGGAAGUUAUAUUAUUUACACAUUAUAGACUUGAAUCAAUAGAAUGAUGCUUCUUCACCGCAAACUAUCAAAUUAGCAAUGAGGCCUUUUAUUCCAAACAGUUCAUUUUUCUUUUAUCAAUGUUUUUGGUUGCGUUACUCUCAGAGAAGUUCUGAAAAGUUGAAGAGAUUUUUCAAGAACUUUUUUUUGAGGAAAAAGCAAUGGCGUAGUAUAGCAUCAAGUUAACAUCAGCCCCUUGUUUGACUACCCAGGGAAAAGAAAGGAACUUGGAGUUUGUCUCCAUCAGGUGGGGCUGGUAUUAAAGGUACAUUCCAUCUCCUGCUAAUAAAUUUCUGGAUAUACCAUUGAAGGUAGCAUUGAAUAUUCAAUUACAUAAUGAAAAUUGCACUUUCAAGGUUCUGCAAAAGCGAACAUUGGAAUACAUCAUGUUUAGAUUCAUUGAAGUAUCCAUACGAUAAUCUUUCUUUGUGUGAAGUGUUUUUUUUUCUUUCCCUGGCUUUUUGACAUGCUUUUUGACAGUUAUGUAAUUUAUCAUUUCCUUGUGACAAGUCUACUGAUCAUUCUGUUUGGUGUGCAUUAAAACUUGUUUAUAUUCAUACA